GCGCGCCGUCCCUCCCACCCCGAGCACUCAUUGCAGUAGGAGGGUCCAUGUGCGCACAAUGACGUCUCUACGCAAGUCUGCCCGAGUCCUCCGCUGUUGUUAUUAGUCUUCUGUUGGACGCAUUCAAAAAUCUAGAAGCAAUGUGCAUGCAAACAGAAAACUGUAGACGGGACCUUUAGUUGAAGUCGCUGUUGUAGCCUACGCGUACAGUGAGCUGUCGGUAGAAGAUCUCGCGUAAUGCGCGCAGCAGUGAGCCGUGCGUUCAGCUGUCACAACUGAAACUAGCAGAUGCAAGCAGUCGCAACACUGGAGAUACUUAGUAAAGGCUUAACGACAUUGUUUUCUGUCAUUUUUUUCUUUUCAUUCACUGGAUUAUAGUGACCAGCAGUAGAGAUAACUGUCAAAAUUGGAUGUCGUAAUUACGGUUUAUCAAAUGACCCAGGUAUGGAGACUAAAAGAUACCAAAGUUACUGCGACGGGACAAAUGACGAAAACAAAUGGGCGCAGACGCCAAACACUAUGGAUUAUUGCUGUUCUGCAGAAGAGACAAACAGUGAUGUGCUAAUGGAUAUUGUUAACUCAAGCAGUGCCCCUAACAUGCCAUCUGUCUGCAAGACAACAAUGCAUAGACUUAACCAGAAUCAACCUUUAGCUUAUCCCUCCUUCAGCAACUCCUACCACAACCGCAAGUCAGAAACAGACUCUAAGGAGCUCUCUAAAACUGUUGCUGAGUCUAUGGGCUUAUACAUGAAUGCUGUCAGGGAGGCGGACUUUAGCUUUGGCCAGCAAGGUACUGCAGGAGGGCAGGGUAGCCCGGGAAAACGGUAUCAUCUUUGUGGGAGAGCAAUUGAAGACAGCCAGCUAAGUACGACUGGGAGUCCAAAGAUGAAAGCUCCCCCAGUUUCAUUCUUAUCUGGGUCCCAACUACCCAAUGGUGGCCCCCAGGAGUGUGUUGUAGGCUCUCCCUCUGUGCUGGCCACUGCUCUGUCUUGCAGGCCCGAGGGAUCUGGCCCAAUGUCAAGUCCUACUGGAAACAACAUGGUGUCGUCCACUACCAGCCCCACCUGUUUCGAAUCUGAUUGCCCAUCGUUAGCUUCUGCUAGCUCCAGCUUGACUCAAGGUCACCACACCAGCUCCAACACGUGUAGCCCCGUAAAGUCUAGCAUGGUGGGGUCACCUCCACUGGCUAGUCCUCUCAGUGUUAUGAGAUCUCCGGUUUCCAGUCCGCAAAGUAUGGGAAGCGUGAGGUCUCCACUUUCUUGCAACGCCAACGUGAGGUCAUCUAUUUCAAGCCCAACAGGAAAUGGAGGCAAUGGUGUUAACAUUAGACCAUCCAUUUCCAGUCCACCAACUGUUGGCACCAAGGCCAUGUCCAGUCCUGGGAACUCAUUUCCUGUCUCAAGUCCCCCUGGUGGACUGGGCCUUGUUCAAAACGAUGCCAACAGUCCUGAGGGCAGAGAGCAUGACUUCAAGGGAUUUGAGUUCCCCAAAUUGGAGAAUGUGGAUGGUGAAAUGUUUAACAUAGGCCUGGAUGCUAUGGGGGUGGCAAAAUAUAUAAAAAAUGAACCAGGCACCAAUUACAGGAGCAUGUGUCUGGGCAGCAGUAAGAGCACCAUACCGCACUCUCCUUUCGUAACCCAGAUUAAGACAGAGCCGAACAGAGAGGUGACUUGUUCAAACCAACAAUUUGGUGAGAAUCAGCCUUCCCUGGGCUGCUUUCCUUCUGCAGAGACCACAUACCUGUCUUUGAGGGAUAAUAUUGAUGAAUAUAGUCUUUCUGGGAUAUUGGGACCUCCUGUUUCUUCUCUGAAUGGCAACUAUGAACCUGGUGUGUUUCCUAACAAUGGCCUGCCCCAAGGGAUUAAACAGGAAACCAAUGAUGGCAGCUAUUACCAAGAGAAUAAUAAUGUGCCCACGUCGGCCAUUGUUGGCGUUAAUUCAGGUGGACAUUCAUUUCAUUACCAGAUCGGAGCGCAAGGAACAAUGUCGUUUUCACGCCACAGUUUGAGGGACCAGAUGAACCCUUUGUUAAAUCUAAUUUCUCCAGUUAGUGGAUUAAUCGAGACGUGGAAAACUCGCCCAGGCCUAUCACAGGGGCCUCUCUCUGCCAGGGGGGAGGGCUAUCCAGGCCCAGGCGGCCUUACAGAAAACAUGGAAAGCGCAUCUUUGAGACACACAUCUUCAACAGCAAAAGUUUGUUUGGUGUGUGGAGACGAGGCCUCGGGAUGUCACUAUGGGGUUGUUACAUGUGGAAGCUGCAAAGUUUUCUUCAAAAGAGCAGUAGAAGGUCAGCAUAACUACCUAUGUGCAGGAAGGAAUGACUGUAUCAUUGACAAGAUUCGCCGGAAAAACUGCCCAGCUUGCAGAGUGCGGAAGUGUCUACAAGCCGGGAUGAAUCUUGGAGCACGGAAGUCAAAGAAGUUGGGCAAGAUGAAAAGCGUUAGCGAGGAUUCUUCCCUACAGAACUCAAAAGACGGACCUCCUUUCCUGACCUCCGAGAAAGACUUGAGCUCCACCACAGCUCUUGUCCCCCACGUCCCCAUGGUUGCACCGUUUUUGUCACCUUCCGUCUGUAGCAUCCUGGAGCUCAUUGAACCUGAAGUGGUGUUUGCAGGCUAUGACAACACACAGCCUGACACCACCGACCACCUGCUCACCAGCCUCAACCAGCUCGCUGGCAAACAGAUGAUCAGAGUGGUCAAAUGGGCCAAAGUACUUCCAGGUUUCCGCAGUCUACCCAUUGAGGACCAAAUCACGCUGAUCCAGUAUUCCUGGAUGUGUCUCUCCUCCUUUUCUCUCAGCUGGAGAUCUUACAAACACACCAACGCCCAAAUGCUCUACUUUGCCCCUGACCUCGUCUUCAACGAGGAACGUAUGCGGCAGUCAGCAAUGUACGAUUUGUGUUUGGGCAUGCGACAGGUGAGCCAGGAGUUUGUCCGUCUACAGCUUACUUACGAUGAGUUCCUCGCCAUGAAGGUCCUGUUGCUGCUUAGCACAGUGCCCAAAGAUGGUCUGAAGAACCAAAAGGCAUUUGAGGAGAUGAGAGUGAAUUACAUCAAGGAGCUCCGCCGCUCUGUUGGGAAGGCCACAAACAAUUCCGGUCAGACAUGGCAGCGCUUCUUCCAGCUCACCAAGCUAUUGGACGCAAUGCAUGAACUCGUGGGGAGCCUGUUGGACUUCUGUUUUUACACUUUCCGUGAAUCGCAGGCCCUGAAGGUCGAGUUCCCUGAGAUGCUGGUGGAAAUUAUCAGUGACCAGAUACCAAAGGUGGAGUCAGGCCUAACGCACACCCUCUACUUUCAUAAAAAAUGACAGAAAGCUUGCAAAAACACAAGGGAUCAAACGAGAGGAAAUGCAGAGGACACCCAGCCCUCAGAGAGAGAACAAGAGCAAGCCCGCUAUGCACAAAGCAAGGCGUUUCAAGGCAUGGUUAAAAGCCAUAUAAUGGCUGGAACGGUCAGGGAAGAUGAAGAGCGAUCUCUGUAGCCGGACAGCAGAGAAGAACUCAUAUUUCACGUGACGAUGUGUAUCUUACCCCCAAAGACAAUGCUGACAAUGUUGUAUAUGGAUAUGAAGCCAUAUUCUUUGGUAAAGCUAAAGUGCACAUGCACGUGUGAAUAUGCCACAGAAACAUGGACUCACACACACUAGACAUGUCCAGUGUGCCAGUAAACAUGUAAAUGACGUUGGAUUUGUUAUAAAAGUCUAUACAUUUGCUACUUUUAAUAUUAUGGGCGAAACAUACAUUUAAAAAAAUAAAUUUUCUUUUUAUUGCAAAUUAAAAGCAAAUGCCCAUAAUCAUAAAAAAUAAAUAGUGUAUUUGUGAAGAGAAAGUGAGGUAGGACAUACACCAAGGGCUAUAAUACUUCAAAACAGUGAUUGGUGUGUUUCACUUUCAUACUGUUAUAGAUACAGUCAAAUCUAAAAAUUUCAAAAGAUCUGAAAAUAUUAAAGUUUAAACUUAAACUAUAAUAUUUAUGCUAAUACGAAAAUUUCUGUCACUGAAAAAUAAUAAAAUCUAUAAAUCUUAAGUUUAUUAAGUUAUGCAUCAUAACCCACAGCUGAGUUGAGAUUGUAUAUUUGGCAAUUUGCUAAAAAUGCAACACAAAAGUGCAGCUGUAAUGUCACUUCAUUUCCAUAACACCAAUAAAUCAUUUGGUGGCUGAAGUGUUUACAGACUAAGCACUGGCCACUAUGAAGUGCUAAAGUGGAACAAUGAUAGACGAUGAUCUAAAAUAGGGCAGCUCGACAAAAACGCUAUUGAGAAUGAGCAAGAAAUAACAUGCUUUUUACGUUUGCAAUACAACAACUAUUGUGGCUCUUGUUAAUAAACAGCUCACUUAGACACAAAUGCCAUAUUUUGUGUGAAAGCUAAGACUGUAGCACAUAAAUUGUAUCUAAGCUGUAAGUAACCAGCUCCCUUUUUUGACGUUAAUGAAAAACUAUUUACAGUCCCACAGAGGAAAACGUUUUCUAAGAGUGUGAAUUUUUUUGUCUUUAAAGAACCAAUCAAGCUGGAAGCCAUUUUCUAACAAGGUGCUUCUUUUUCUUAAUAUAACAAGUAGAUGUAAAAAUUUUCAGUAGUAGCACAUGUACAGUUAGAUAUUGGGAGAACUGAGCUUUUCUGAAGCAUACAGCUUUCAUAUUAGUAAAUAACAAUAACCUGCUCACAAACACAGUAUAUGUGAACUUAUCUUGCAACUAUACACCUGUUGCUCGUAGGCAUAUUUUUCAAAUGUUGUACAUAGGUUUUUGAUUUAAACCACCUUUUACAUGGCUAUUUGGAGAAACGCCAGUCAUUUUGUUGUUUUUUUCUUGAAAGAACUGUAAACAAAAUUUAAUCUGAACCACUGUUUCAUAAUCCCACUAAGCUACUGAUGAAAGCAAGUUUAAGAGGUACUGCUUUGUCUGCAAUGCUGUGAGAUAGAGGACAGUGAAGGUGGCUUAUGUGUGUGUAUGAUUUGUUUUCUCUCUUUUUAUUUCUUAAAGGGACACUUUUUUUUGAAAAUAUUCUCAUUUUCCAGCUCCCCUAGAGUUAAACAUUUGAUUUUUCUAUUUUGGAAUCCAUUCAGCCGAUCUCCGGGUCUGGCGGUACCACUUUUAGCAUAGCUUAGCAUAAUUCAUUGAAUCUGAUUAGACCAUUAGCAUCGCGUUCAAAAAUAACAAAAGAGUUUCGAUAUUUUUCCUAUUUAAAACUUGACUCUUCUGUAGUUACAUUGUGUAUUAAGCGAUAUAACGUAGCAGCCGAAAAUAGGCCCCUUGUUUACUUUCAGUAGCAGGGCACUACGUCAUAUCAUUGCGCUUCCUACUGCUAUGUUACGGCAGCAAAGUCCUUGAUUAUUACGCCAGAAUGAGAGUAUAGUCCUAACCAUAUCUGCCUAGAAAAUUGCAACUUUUAAUUUUCCGUCAGUCUAAAUACACGAUGUAACUACAUAAGAGUCCGUUUUAAAUAGGAAAAAUAUCCAAACCCUUUGGUUAUUUUUGAGGGCGAUGCUAAUGGUCUAAUCAGAUUCAAUGAAUUAUGCUAAGCUAUGCUUAAAGUGAUACCGCCAGACCCAGAGAUCAGCUGAAUGGAUUCCAAAACGGUAAAAAUAUAAUAUUUAACUCUAGGGAAGCUAAAAAAAAUGAACAUAUUUUCUAAAUAAGUGGAGUGUCCCUUUAAAGGCACAGGAAAACUUGAUUCCCUUUUAAAAGGGCAUUGUUGGUGGGAUUAUUGUGAUCCCAUUGGCUGACUUUGAUUUGCACAGACCAGAUAAUGUUAUAAUUGGGAUAUUAUAUGUUAUUGUGUUGGUUAUAUAAAUGAUGUGCUGGGGUGGGGGACACACAGUAUGUGAACUGGAAAGGUUAAAUAACUUUGACAUUUGCCUUUGUGAUGCAGCUGGUUGGUGGAAAACGACUGUUGGGGAACUAAAGAAAAGUAAUAGAAAAAAGUAACUCAAUCCAUGGUAGCCAGCCAAUGAAAUUUCACCGACCUGUCAAUACACUGAACACUAUGUUAUUGAAAGUUUUUGAAGGACCUAAAUUAGAUAUUUUGUGUUUUUUUCCAACCUUUCCCUUUUUUAAAUACACAGAUAUAUAGAUCAACGUUUAAAGGUUCAUAGGAUGUAUGUGAAGUAUUUUUGAAAGAUUCUAUUUUGCUGGACACAAUAUAUUAGUAAUUUGUCUAAAGAGUAUACGAGAUCUUUUGUAAAAUGAAAUAUAUAUAUAUGCAUGCUUUUUGAAAAGAUGUUUACAGUGUAUUUAAGAAGGGAAACUUGUGCCUUUUUCUCACAAAAGUUACCGUUUUACAGUACCAGUUGUAAAUAAAUUGGUGAAUUAUUGUUGCGUUGUAUGGAACAUUUCUAUCUUAAAUACUGUAUGUGUUGGAGAUUUAGGACACCCUUUACUGAUUGCCCACAACCCAUGCUGGGGAUGGAUACAACUGUGUCUGACUUUUACUUUACACAGCGAGGAAAACACUUAAAUACCCAAAAGUCAAAGUCAUUGAACUUAAACUUGUCAUUUUGUUUCAUAGUAAUGUGAAUGUUUUGUGUCUUUUCUUCUUUAUUUAAAAAAACAAACAAACGCAACAUAGCUUACAUCAGCUAUUAACUACGGUAUAUCAUUUUUAAAGAAGAAAUACUUUUGCCAAAAAAUAUCCCUUUUUGUUACACAUACAUAGAUUAAACGGUCAAAUACAAACACUGAAUUUCCUAUUUAAGAAUUUUGCACUAAUAACAACAGAAAAAGUUUUAUUAUUUGAAACUUCAAUGUUUCACAGACAUUGAUGGGAUAUAUUAUAAAAUAUAUAUAUAUAUAUAUAUAUAUAUAUAUAUAUA